CGGUGUGAAAAUGCAUAGACUACAGCACUGUGGAGGAGUCUGCGUUUCUCCCGCUCGACUCAGAAACGCUGGAGAUACAACAGAGAAAGGAACUGUGCCAGUUUAUGAGGACCUCCCAGAAGUGAUGGAACUGCAGUUUAACCCUGGCACACUGUAAAACCUGCUGAGUUUUUCCUUCUGGCUGAAGACAGGACCUGUAUGUGCGCUGGCUUAACUUUCUACUCCGGGCCCUCUUCAGCAAAAGGAAUGUUCGCUGUGUGUCUUCUCGUCACUUUGCACGGUGUGGCGGCUCUACGCUCCGCCAUUCCGGCUCCUGUUCAGCCCGACUACCCGGGACAGCUGGGGCUGUGCUGUCACCUGGGUGACGGAUGGGCGGAGGGGGCCAGAGGGGGCGAGGGGGAGGGGGACGACAGCAGGGAUGGUGUGGGGGGUGUGCUUCCUGGACACGCGCCCCCCGGCCGGUGCACCCUCACCCCCCCCGCCCGAUUCCGCCAGUCACCCUCAACAACCCGGAACCACGGAGUGGUGUGUCUGGAUGUCCUGUGCUGGGUUACUGGGGACAGACGGUACCUGGUUUGUGAGAGGAAUCUGCAGGGCGGGGAUGUAGACAUCGGCGGGGUGGUGACCCUGAGCGUACAGGGCUCACACUCAGAUCAGCAGAUGCAGGCCGAGCCUCCCACACUCCCACAGGGGUUCACACGCAGCAGCUGCGGGGACACUGACGAGAGCGGGGCUGCGUUUCGCUGUCCUCUUCCUCCUGGCUCGGUGGGCGAAGCCGUGUCCCUGCGGGUCAAUGUCUCCCGUGGCAACCGCUCGGCGUUCUCUCCGGCAGUUCACCUCAUCCCGCAGAAACUCGUGAGGCCAGACCCGCCGGCAGAGCUGUGGUACAACAUGACCACUGAGGGAGAGCUGAGACUGCACUGGACCCACUCACAACCCGUCACCGGCCGGCUGACCUACGACGUCCGAUACUCCUCCAACAUCUCCCUCAACAGCUGGGUGCAUUUGGAUAAGGUGAUAACGCAGCCCGUGACCCUGACGGGCAUGAACGCGGGCAUGACCUACACCGUUCAGGUGCGCUGUAGGAUCCUGGGCGAGCCAGGCCUUUGGAGCGACUGGAGCCAGUCCCUCUUCGUAUACUUGCACGAAGUUACAUAUCUCCCGGAAUCAGUGUUCACCAGCGUGGGGGCCAACGUGACCGUUUACUGCAUCUUCAAUAACCGGAGCCUCAAUGCCAGGAACGUGGUUUGGUGGCUGAACGGUAACGAGAAGGUUCCGGAAAGCCUGUACUCUGUCGUCAACGAGCGCGUGAGCAGCGUCACCCUGCCGAACGUGACGCCCCUGAAAAGGCACCCGUACAGCAUGCUCCACUGCUGCCAGCAGAGCGGAGAGAAGUUCCUCUGUAGCUACCGCUACGCCUCUCUCUACACGGACGAUGUCAGCGUGGCCAUAUCCUGUGAGACCAAUGGGGACCUUAGUGCCAUGACCUGCAGGUGGAACAUUAGCCUGGGGGGCAAGUUCCAUUACAGAACCAGCGAUACGCCUUUUGACGACGCAGAGGAGCAAUUGGCUGUGACUGAAGCCAGGGAGUGUCCGAGUGAGGCCUCUGGUUUAAGGAGUUGCACCUUCCGCCCCAUUCUCCCGUUCGCUUACUACAUGAUGUGGCUGUCGUUUGGGACCAAAGAGGGGACGGUCAAGUCCCAGCCUGUCUAUGUCAUUCCCAUGGAUAUGGUUAAACCGUACCCCCCAUUUGACCUGGAGGCUGUCACCGUGACAGAGGGGUACCUGAGGGCCACGUGGAAGAGGCCUGAACUGCCCGUCUACGACUUCCUGUUUGAAGUGCGCUAUGCGGUUGAUGAGCCCGACCCACUGUGGAGGGUUUACACAUCUGAAGUAAAUGUGACGGUUGUUUUUCCUGUGCCGGACCCUUGUGUGGUUUACACUGUUAUGGUGCGCUGCAAGCCCCUCCACGGACCGGGGUUCUGGAGUGAAUGGAGCAAACGACAGCACUCCACGGUCCAGAUCUCCAGAGCUCCUGAAUGGGGACCUGACUUCUGGAGAGUUCUAAAGGAUGACCGAGAACGCAAUCAGACCAAUGUCACCAUCCUCCUUACGCCAUUGACAAGAGAAGCCACGCUCUGUUGUGUUACGGGCAUUGUAGUUCAGCACCGGACCUCAGGGGGCGCUGCGUGGAUAGAACAGCUGGGCCUUGUUUCUACCUACACCUUUCCCUGGAGGGAGGAGGUCCACACCAUCACCGUCCUGGCCGUCAACUCCCUGGGACCCUCGAAAAGGAACACCAACAUGACGCUAGUGAGAAGAGCCAGCCAACCCAGGUCCAUCUCCUCGUUCAGCUCGGCCAUGGUUAACGGCAGCUGCGUGGCCCUGGCGUGGAGCCUGUUCCCGAACUCCUCCGCCCCGGUGUCGUUCGUGGCUGAGUGGAGCAGCCGUGGCAGGGCGCGGCUGGGCGACCCGUGGCUCAGAGUGAAAUGGGUUCGAGUGUCUGCCCCCAGCCACUCACUCUAUCUACACGAUAGAUUCUAUGCGUCUGAAGAAUAUCAGUUUGUUUUGCACCCAAUUUUUGCUAACGGAGAAGGAGAGCCGUUCUACAACAAAGAAGACUGGGGGCGCCCCAGUGCCCAGCAUGCAGCUUAUGCCCUCCUGCUGAUUAUCGUCUUCAUGUCUGUGGUGCUGUUCUUCACCCUGGCUGCUUCCCAGCGACAGAUGAUGAAGCUUGUUUGGAAGGAUGUUCCUAAUCCCAACAACUGCUCCUGGGCCCAAGGUGUGGAUUUCAGGAAGGCAGAGGCUGUGGAGAAUCUCUUCAGACACCCCGAGCGCCUUACCUCCUGCCCCCUCCUCCUGGAAAUGGAGACCAUCUCGGAGGUGGUGAUUGUGGAGAAGACCCACCCGGCAGCUCUGAGGGAGAAGGAGCGGGCAGGCUGGGCGGAGAAGGCCCUGAACGCGUCCGUCUCCUCAGCAGGCAGCUCGGCCCUGUCCAGCAUCGCCUACGCCACGGUCCUGCCCCGCGUGGAGGGGGACCGCUCCCACAGGAGGCCCCAGGAGAGCCUCAGCAGCUGCUCCGAUGAGGGCAACUUCUCCGCCAACACCUCAGAUAUGUCGGGGUCCUACCCGGGGGCGCUGUGGGAGCCGGAAGGCGCACCACUAAACCCGCGCUACCCCUGCCACUCGUGCACCUCUGCCGAGGACUUCUCGGAGAACUCCGACCAGGAGGACCAAUCGCUCGACGGGAUGGGAUCGAGACGGGACCUGUACUAUCUGGGGAUGACCUCACAGAAGGAAGAGGGUGAGGAAGGGAGACCGUUUCGGAGAGAGUCCGCCCUGGGCUGCUCUCCGGAGUCCAGCCCCCUCCUCGGUCAGCAGGAGUCCCGGCCCCACGGGGGGGAAGCUUCCGGAAAGGGCGUCUCACGCUACAUGCCUCAGUUCCAGACAGUGGCCACUGAAAGUGAAAGCACAAAAGAGCUGUGAACUUGCUUAUGUGAAGCCAGAUGUGCUUGUGUUUGAAUAUUUACCAAUGGGUAGAAAGCAGUUCUGAACCAUGAAUGCAUGCCAGGGUGGCAUGGUGGGAAACGUUGGUUGCAGGUUUGACUCCUGGGUCCUGGGCAACACACUAAUGUUGUACUCUGGAGGAUGGUAAAUAUCAAUGUGUUGAAAUUGAUUGUUUGUCAAACCAGAGCUGUGUAAGUCGCCCCCUUCUUAAGGGUGUUUAAUUCAACAAAGAACACAGGUUAUGACUGCUUUGGUCAAUUCUGAAAUUUGUGAAAUCUGCCUUAAUAUCUCUUGGGAAAUGGCACAUGCACACUCUUAAUCAAUUCUAAAUCUACAGUAUUUCCUUCUAUUUUGUACACCUACAAUUAUAUAAAGCAAAUCCCAAUUCUACAUCAUUCAGCUUUUUUCCCAGACUGAAAUCUACUAAAAGUCCAAUUUAAGAACUGAACUGAAAUUGAUCAAAAUACCUCUUGGAACUGAGCCUAAUCACCAUAGGUUACCAUACCUCAGUAAGCACUAAUAGGCUCAAAGCUGUGCUUGCAUUUCUGAGUGUCAUUAUCUUGCCGAACGGUUAUUUAAUUUGUCUGUGUAAAACAUAAAACUUGUGUUGAACAUCGACUGACUGGUGCAAACAACAGUUGUUAAAUGUGAUUUCUGAACUGUGAAGUUAAUUGUUACAGGGAUGUUGCCUCUGAAAUUUUGUAUUUAGAAAUGUACCAUCUGUUUUUCAUGCCUACCAUUUUGUAAUGCUCAUAGUGGCUUAUGGAAUAGAAUUGUGAUUCCAACUUAAAGAAAAACAUCAACUGAAAACCUGCAAUUUGUGUUGGGAGUUUGUAUUCUCCAGUGAAUCCAUUGUAAGAGUAUAUUUUUGUGGUCAAAAUAAAAUAUUUAUUGCCA